AUGGCCACCGAGUCCAAUUCCUGCUCUAGAAAGAAAUUUCCCCACGCCUAUCAGGAUGGGUGCGUGGUGGUUCUUGUCACCGUCCUCACCGGGUAUAUGCGUCCAAUCUUCGUCUGCUUUCACCUGAAUUCCACAAGGAUGGGCAAACGCGGCGGCAAGAAAAGUGCCCGCGGUCGUGGUGGAGGUGCAGGACCUCGUCAUCGAGACUACCGCUCCAACAAAGCAGACAUCAGUCGACAUAAUGACAAGUAUGAGCAGUACUAUAACCAGCUAGGUAUCAUUCCGGAUGACGACCAAGAUGAGUUUUGGCAAGCAAUGAGGAGGGACCUGCCCAAUAGUUUUAGAUUUACGGGGUCCAAAGCGCAUGCUUUGGCUGUCCAGCAGAGACUGCGCGACUUCUACAUCCCUGAAAUCACGUCAAUCACCUACGAAGGCCGGUAUGUCGACGCCCCGCAGCCAGUACCGUGGUAUCCUGAUCAAUUGGCCUGGUUCAUGACCACUCCCAAGAAUGUCAUUCGUCGAUUCAAACCGUUCGCAUCCUUCCAGAAAUUCCUGGUGGCAGAAACAGACGUGGGGAAUAUCACUCGACAAGAGGUGGUCAGCAUGAUACCGCCGCUACUCAUGGAUCUGACGCCGGGCAUGACGGUGUUGGACUUGUGUGCGGCUCCGGGCAGUAAAUCCGCCCAGCUGAUCGAGAUGAUCCAUGCCGGUGAAGAGGAAAGAUCCAGACAAGUUGCGGCAAAUACGGCCCAUGGUCUGGACAGAACCGAAGGAGAGGAUUUUGAAGAUGAUGGGAGAUCCACCGGAUUACUCAUUGCGAAUGAUGUCGACUACCGACGAGCACAUAUGUUGGUCCAUCAGGUGAAACGAUUGAGCUCGCCCAACAUUCUGGUCAUGAAUCAUGAUGCCACUGUCUUCCCCUCAGUCAAGAUUUCCUCUCCUCCGGCACCGGAAGGAAAACCGACUCAAAAUCGGUAUCUGAAAUUCGAUCGUAUCUUGGCAGACGUUCCCUGCUCUGGAGAUGGGACCACGAGAAAGAACAUGGAAAUUUGGGAAAAGUGGACACCGAGUAAUGCACUGGGCUUACACGCUACGCAAGUCCGGAUCUUGAUCAGAGCCCUCCAGAUGCUCAAAGUCGGGGGACGAGUGGUGUAUUCGACAUGCAGUAUGAACCCCGUGGAGGAUGAGGCGGUCCUUGCAGAAGCUAUCACCCGCUGUGGUGGCCCGAAACUGGUCCAAAUUCUGGAAACGAAAGACUAUCUACCCGGACUGAAAAGAUGUCCGGGCCUCAAGGAGUGGAAUGUGGUGGAUAAAUUUGGUCGCAUCUGGAAAGAUUAUGAUUCCGUCCUGAAGCAAAAGGAAGAUGCUGGCGAAGAAGGUCUCGGACGUUUGUCGGAAAGCAUGUUUCCCCCCAAAGAGGACCUGCCUCUGGACCGAGCAAUUCGCGUCUAUCCUCAUCAACAAGAUACUGGAGCAUUUUUCAUCGCAAUCCUGGAGAAAAAGUCGGAGAUCAAGGCCAAACCGGAGGAGAAGCCAGCAGCGGUGUCCGAAUCGACCACGGGAGAAGCGGCGGAUUCUAAUGGGACCCACCUCCAGCAUGGAACGACACCAAAUGGUUCGGUCGAAAAGGUCCACGGAGUUGUUUCUUCGGAAUUGGCGACUCCAACAAAGAGGAAGCGCUCCGAUGAUGACGAGGGAACCCAUGACGCAGCACCAAUCAAGCGAGUAAAGAGUGAUCAGCAGCUCAAUACUAGUUCAGAAACCCGACACGGACAACCUCCAGCAUCUGACGCCAUUGCACAGAACGGUCAAUCAGCACCGUCCAGGCAAGAACCACAAACAGCUCAACCCUCGAAAAAGAAGAACCGUGAUCAGCCUUUCGAGGAACCGUUCAAAUAUCUCGCCCCUUCGAUCCCCGAGCUUGCUCAAAUCAAAGAAUUUUACAACCUCUCUCCUCGUUUCCCACAAGAUCGGUACAUGGUGCGUAACGCGCAGGGAACUGCGACGAAGAACAUCUACUAUACCAAUGCACUCGCCAAAGAAAUUUUACAAGAAAAUGAAGGCAAAGGUCUCAAGUUUGUCCAUGCCGGUGUAAAAAUGUUUGUCAAGCAAGACACGCCGGCGCCCGAUGUGUGCCCCUGGCGAAUCCAGACAGAUGGACUCCGGUUGCUCGAAGCGUGGGUUGGGCCCGAGCGAAUCGUCACGCUACAGAAGAAGGAGACGUUGAGAAAAUUGCUGAUUGAAAUGUUCCCGCGCUUCCAUGGCGAAGAGUACAAGAAUUUGGGUGAAGUGGGCGAACAGAUUCUGAGGAUAGGAAUGGGCUGCUGUGUCCUUGUCGUCGAGCCCAGUGAUGCUGAAGACGGACUGAGCGAGAGAAUGGUCUUUCCGCUGUGGAAAUCCAUACAAAGCCUGAAUCUGAUGUUACCCAAGGAAGAGAGGAAGGCAAUGCUACUGCGGUUAUUCAACGAUGAUACGCCGCUUGUGAAUUUGAGUAAAGGAUGGACCCGUCCAGAAAAACAGGAUAGAGGAGAGAAAGACGCUUCUAGAGCCCCUCAGAUGGAGCCUGUGGACACCGAAACCGGGCUGGCCGACGAAAUUCGGCAGUUAAUAUCUCCGGUGAGGCGAAACAGCAGUUCCCCUGAGCCCGAGAAUAGGGCUGAGGUGGAAGCUGAGGACGGGGAAGACAAUAUGUCGGAAGACGAGGAAGAUGGUGGCGUGCGGAUCUCUUGA